AUGGCUAACCAUUCACAUAGAUCUUCUUUUAAAAAGAAUCACAAAGCUUUUAAAUCAAAACAUGCCUCAAAAAGUUCCUUGAAAAAGCUAACCAAAGGUAGAGUUGAAUCAGAUGAAUCGAGAAAGACAGGUAAACCAAACCAUAAGGUGAUUCCUAAGCUUCAAAGGAAACAUUUGGCAAAACAAAAUAGAGAUAAAAAAAUCAAAGAAUCUUUACAAAACCGUAAAUUGUUUGAAGGCACUAAUGGUGCGGAGAAGAUUAUCACUAUUAUUCCAUUAACCACUGAUGUUUAUGCAGAUGAUAUUGUCAAGAAAUUGCUAAUAUCAGAAUUAACUGAAAAUCAGCUAAUGGAUUUGAAUAUUAAAAUGCCAUCUGUUACAAAUGUUACCAUAGCAAAAUACAAAUCCAAUUUAAAAUUUAUUAUUCCAGACAUGAGUAAUAUUAUAAACGUUUUAGACUCUGCUAAAGUUGCCGAUUUUGUUAUAUUUGGACUAAGUGGUACUUCUGAAGUUGAACAACAAUAUGGUGAACAAAUCAUUAGAAGUUUGGAAUUGCAAGGUAUUUCAUCAUAUCUUGGAGUUGUUACCAACCUAUCUGAUGUUCAUCCAAAGGAGAAAUUUCAGCUAGAUGUUAAACAAUCUUUGGAGAGUUUUUUUAAGCAUUUUUUUCCCAAUGAAGAUCGUGUGUACAACUUGGAAAAAAAAUCAGAUUCAUUAAAUGUAUUGAGAAUCUUGAGCCAAAAACUUCCUAGAUCAGUUAAUUGGAGGGAUAAUAGAGGUUAUUUGGUAGCAGACAUUAUAGAUUUUAUUGAGAAUUCUGAAAACGAAGGACAUUUAGUCAUUGAUGGUACCGUCCGUGGUAUUGGGUUUGACACUAACAGAUUAGUUCAUUUGCCAGGAUUUGGUGAUUUCCAAAUCAGUAAAAUAGAUAAAAAGGCUAAAUUAAAGGGAUUAAACGAAGAUUCAUUUUUACCAAACGAAGAUCAAAAUUCCCUGGAACAGUACGCCCCGGAAGAUUUAGAUAUGGAAGAUGAUGCUGGUUACUACGAAAGAGAUGAAUUUGAAUAUGAUAACUUAACGUCAGCCAGAUAUGAUGACCAUGGUUAUUUAUCAGGAAGAAAGGAAGAAAUUAAGAAAGUCAAGAUGCCACUGGGUACUUCGCAAUACCAGGCAAGAUGGUACCUGAAUGAUGAACAAGAUGAUGCUGUUGAUGAUGAUGAUGAUGAUGAUGAUGAUGAAUUAGAUAUGGAAGUAGAGAUGACUCCAGAAGAAGGUUCUGUAACUGAUCCAGAUAUUGGUGCUGUAAAUGACUAUUCAGAUACUGAAGUUGAUGCUGAAGCUGAAGAUUUUAUGGAUUUAAGUCCUGAGGAAGAAGAAAGACAGUUAAUGGAAUAUCGUGCCUUAGAAAAGGAAGACCAAGAAUUUCCAGAUGAAAUUGAAUUGAAUCCUUCAGAAUCUGCUGUUGAGCGUUUAAAAAGGUAUAGAGGUUUGAAAAACUUACACAAUUGUGACUGGGAUGUUGAUGAAAUAGAUCCUGAAACACCCGCUGAAUGGAAAAGAAUCUUAAGAAUUAGUAAUUACAAAAAUACUAAAAAAAAGUUGACCAAAGAUGCUAAAAAAUCUGCCCAAGUAACGGCUGGUGAUAAAAUAAAACUAUAUAUUAAAUUUCCUAAGAGUCUACUAGCCAAUGUUAUGGAUCCUUCCCAAAUAUGUUUUGCAGUAUAUGGUUUGUUGGAACAUGAACAACAAUAUACAGUCUCUAAUUUUUCUAUUGAAAGAUGGGAAGAAUACGAGGAUCCAGUUCCCUCGAACGAACCUAUAAUAGUUCAAUAUGGAUUUAGAAGACAAGUAAUACAACCGAUGUUCUCUGCCGCUUCUAAUAGUCCUAAUAAUGUUCAUAAGUUUGAACACUUUCUACACAAAAAUGCUCUAUCAAUUGUAACUUGUAUUGCUCCAACUGAUAUGACACAAUCUCCAGCAAUUUUUUUCAAAACUUCUGCUUCAAAUACACUAGGUAUCGAAUUUAUUGGACAUGGUUCUUUCUUAAACUCUGAUCAUACCAGAAUUAUGGCUAAAAGAGUUAUAUUAACAGGAGAUCCAUUUAAGUUCCAUAAAAAAGUGGUUACUGUUCGUUUUAUGUUUUUUAAACCAGAAGAUGUUGAAUGGUUUAAAUCAAUUCCUUUAUUUACAAAGAGUGGGCGGACUGGGUUUAUUAAAGAAAGUUUGGGUACACACGGUUAUUUCAAAGCUACUUUUGACGCUAAACUUUCUGCACAGGAUGUUGUAGCUAUGUCUUUAUAUAAACGUAUGUGGCCUAAACCAUCUACUGCAUGGGAUCGUUAA